AUGGAGGGCGCGAUGGCAGUGCGGGUGACGGCCGCUCAUACGGCAGCAGCCCGGGCCGAAGCCGGGAGGGAAGUGGGUGAGGGCGGGGUCGCGGCGGCGGAGGCCUUGGCCCCCGGCGGCUUCCUGGGCCUCCCGGCGCCCUUCAGUGAGGAAGAUGAAGAUGACGUGCACAGAUGUGGUCGCUGUCAGGCCGAGUUCACGGCCUUGGAGGACUUUGUCCAGCACAAGAUCCAGAAGGUCUGCCAGCGGGCACCCCAGGAGGCCUUGCCUGCUGGUCCUGCUGCUGCAGCCCUGCUGGGCCAAGAGGUGGUGCCGGCAGCGGCAGGCCCUGAAGAGCCCGUCACCGUGGCCCACAUCGUGGUAGAGGCGGCAGACAUCAGACAUGCACCCGAUCUCGUGGGUGGUGAGCACAUCAAAGAGGUCAUUGUGGCUGCGGCUGAGCCGGGGGACACCGAGGUGGCAGAGGCCCCCGGCAGUCUGAGCCGUCAGGGGCUUGGGCUCACUGGAGAGGGCGAGCAGGCCCCGGUGAGGCUGCUGGUGGACAAGGAUGGCCGCUACGUGUGUAUGCUCUGCCACAAGACCUUCAAGACGGGCAGCAUCCUCAAGGCCCACAUGGUCACCCACAGCAGCCGCAAGGACCAUGAGUGCAAGCUCUGCGGGGCUUCCUUCCGGACCAAGGGCUCGCUCAUCCGGCACCACCGCCGGCACACGGAUGAGCGUCCCUAUAAGUGUGCUAAGUGUGGGAAGAGCUUCCGGGAGUCGGGGGCGCUGACCCGGCACCUCAAGUCCCUCACCCCAUGCACAGAGAAGAUCCGCUUCAGCAUGGGCAAGGACACAGCGGUCAGCAGUGAGGACACGCAUGCGGGUCAGCACAGGGGCCCCAGGGGCUUGGUGCGUGCGUCCUCAGCAGGGACAGAAGAGCCCAUGGAGACGUCACCUGUGAUUCAUCUGGUGACGGACGCCAAGGGCACUGUCAUCCAUGAAGUCCACGUACAGAUGCAGGAACUGCCCCUGGGCAUGAAGGCCUUGGCCCCAGAGCCUUCGGCCCCUGAGGAACUUCCCUGUUCGGGCGAGGGCAGCCGCGAGAACCUCCUGCACCAGGCCAUGCAGAAUUCAGGCAUUGUUCUCGAGCGGGGUGCUGGGGAGGAAGGGCCCCUUGACCCGGCCCCUGCUGCCCGGUCCAGUCCCCAGCCCUUAGGAGACGGCCCCCCGGGACUGCCGCUGCUGCAAGUGGAGCAGGUACAGACACAGGUGGCCGGUGAGGCCUCAGCUGCGCCCAAGACACACCCAUGCCCUCAGUGCAGUGAAACCUUCCCGACAGCAGCCACUCUGGAGGCUCACAAGAGGGGCCAUGCAGGGCCGAGGCCAUUCCCCUGCAUGCAGUGCGGCAAGGCCUUCCCCAAGGCGUACCUGCUCAAGAAGCACCAGGAGGUACAUGUGCAUGAGCGCCGCUUCCGCUGCGGGGACUGCGGGAAGCUCUACAAGACCAUCGCCCACGUGCGGGGCCACCGGCGCGUGCACUCGGAUGAGCGGCCCUACCCUUGUCCUGAGUGUGGCAAGCGCUAUAAGACCAAGAAUGCCCAGCAGGUACACUUCCGGACACACCUGGAGGACAAGCCACACGUGUGCCAGUUCUGUAGCCGAGGCUUCCGGGAAAAGGGCUCUCUGGUGAGGCAUGUCCGGCACCACACGGGCGAGAAGCCCUUCAAGUGCUACAAGUGUGGCCGCGGCUUUGCCGAGCAUGGCACGCUCAACCGACACCUGCGCACCAAAGGGGGCUGCCUGCUGGAAGUGGAGGAGCUGCUGGUGUCCCAGGAGAGUCCCGCCGCGGCCACUGUCCUGGCUGAGGACCCCCACACUGUGCUGGUGGAGUUCUCCUCUGUGGUGGCCGACACCCAGGAGUACAUCAUUGAAGCCACAGGAGAUGACGCAGAGACCAGCGAGGCUGCCGAGAUCAUUGAGGGCGCCCAGACGGAGGUGGACAGCCACAUCAUGAAGGUCGUGCAGCAGAUCGUGCACCAGGCCAGUGCUGGGCACCAGAUCAUUGUGCAGAACGUGAGCGUGGACCAGGAGGCAGGGCUGGGCCCGGACGCGGCUGCCACCGACACCAUCACCAUCGCCACUCCCGAGAGCCUGACGGAGCAGGUGGCCAUGACACUGGCUUCGGCCAUCAGCGAGGGCACUGUGCUUGCGGCCCGCACGGGUGCCACUGGCUCCGAACAGGCCACCGUGACCAUGGUGUCCUCAGAAGACAUCGAGAUCCUGGAGCAUGGUGGCGAGUUGGUUAUUGCCUCGCCAGAGGGCCAGCUGGAGGUGCAGACGGUCAUUGUCUAGUGUGGGGACCCGGUGGGGGAACGGGCUGAGCCCUCCCACACCUACUAGACCUGGGGAAGAGAAAACAGCCUGAAUUCAGGCACCCAGAGGCAGCGGAGGAGUGUAAAUAGUUGGUUUUUUUUUUUUUUUUUUUCCUUUACAAUAAAAUAUGGAAGCCUG